UUUACCAAUUCCUUAAAAUUAAAGCAGAGGGUAUUUAACUUGUGUUGUUUUUUGGGGAUUUUAUUCUAUUUAUCUGUAAAAUGUUUCAUAUUCAGUUUUGGGAUUUUGUAACUGUUACAUAAUUUGAUUUACUUAUUGUAUUAUUUGUGAGAGAACAAUUCUACGAUUGGCAGAUGUGAUAGUUUAUGGGAAAAAAGUAAAGUAAUCCCCUGUCUGAUUCUAGUCACUUCUAUUUGCUGUUACCAUGGAAACAAGUUUUUAUACGAGAGGAGCAGUUUGUACGUGUGUACAUUUCCGUGUUGUAUGUGCAAGUGUGUGUACAUGUGAGUGUGACUAACACUCACAGUGUGCAGAUUUCAAAUCUCUAUAAUAACACACAUGGUAAUUGAACGCCUGAAGGGGAGGAAGAGCUGAGGAAAACAAACAUUAACUAAUAGCUUUAAAGUUUCUCUCUCUAUUGCUUUGUGUGUGUUUCCAGAUCAGAACGAUAAUUACCUUGACCUUGAGCUGAAACUCUGAAUGUGGACGUAGAGUUCUUGCAAAGUGUUCUAGGUUGUCCAGGCUCUAUUCAAAUGAAAGUCUUUGAAGCCAAUCACUGACCUAAAGAAGGUCAUUGCAGUGGCAUCAUUCACACCACAAACAUCAUAAUAGGCGCCUUGUUUCUUAAAGUUGUAAACUGUUAUACAACAUAACAAGUAAUCUGGGAGUUUUUUUUAUCUUAGACUGUAUAGACGGGUUUUAUACCACAAAAUCCAGCAUCACAUGGUUUAAUAUUUCACUGCCAAAUAAAGAACUACAACUAUUUGAUUUUUAACAUUUAACAUGAAAUUUAAAUCGUACCAGGACAUGAUAUAAACGAGUCAAACUGACAUUAGUAAGAUAUAUGGAAGGAAGUCAGAAAGGAAAUAGAAUAUUCUCUGAAGUGCAGAGUAUCCGCUGUUAUGUGGGAGGGAAGGAAGGAAACCUGCAGGAGAUCUCCUCAUGGAAAAGACAAGGUGAUGAUGAGGGAGAAGCUCUCAGCAGGGUGAGCUGUCGAUGAGGAGAAAAGAAUAUAGAGGUGCACAUUCACUAAAGUCAAUGCGACCGGUGACAGUUUAAAAGCAUCUGUAAAAAAUCUAUUUCACAUGCACUUAUUAAAAAUAUAUAUAUAUGUGCACUACCACAGCCAGUGUAAAAAUUUGUCUUAAUACAUCAACAAAGUUUUAUUGCAUAUUUUACCAUAUUGCUCUUCAAAGGGGACCAGCUGUUCUGUUGUUGAUAGAAUAACAACUUCCCAUCUAUAUUACAUUGAAAGUACCUGUGCCACUUGAAGUUUAAAUCAAGUUUUUUUUAACGUAGAUGUUUGGAAACCAUGAUGUAGACAUUCACAACAACGUGCUGAUUUGGUGCUUUGGUCACGAUAUACGGUAUAAUGAUUUGUCAGAGGGCCUCCGCCAUAAUAACAUUUUCUUGGAUCCCAAUCAUGAAAUGAGGAAGGUGUAGAAUCGUCCUGGCUUGAAUUUUUUCAUGACAAACAUUUUGAAUAUGUAUUUUUUUAGAUUGUAAUUUGUUUCUGCUGCGUGGUUAAUGAUAGGACCAAGAAUCUAUUAAAAAGUUGAGUAGCAUGAAAUGUAUUUUUCUCUAACUCUGCACAAGACAGCUGAAGGGCACUUUCCGCCAUAGAGUUAUUAGCAAACUUUUCAAGCGUGACUGCUCAAUAUGCUAAUACCUUCAAAGAGGUCAGCUGAGCCACUGACUCACCUCCACCUCUCAAACACAGAAACAUAACCAUACCACUUCCAAGGUAAGUCUGUCUGCAUUCGUACUUCACUGUAGCUGUAGUAACUAAAACAUGGAUUUGGUCAGUGAUAUUUUCUAACCUCUAUUCAUACAGUGUUUGUUUGAGCCUGUGUUAACCUCACAAUAACACAACCACUUCAAGGCAGAAUGGAAAGUCUGGAUGAGGCUCCUGGGAGCGAAAGAGAUGGCGAGAGCAACAACCAAGAGCGAGAAGAUCAAUACGAGACAUCCCAUUACAAGAGUCCGCUCUUCUCCGAUCCAUGGAAACCAUACCAACGGCCCCGUGCCAUUAUCAAAGAGUGGCUGCUGAGUCUGAGGUGUUGUUUGGGAUCGAUGUGUGGGCUGGAGUGGUACGGCUACGCUGCUCUCGGAGUAAUGAUGGCCUUCCUCAGCUUUCUCAUGGACCUGAGUGUAACAAAACUGCUGAGAGCUCACCAAUGGCUUUAUGUGAAACUAGAGGGCAACAGUCUGCUGCAGUUCUUCUGUUGGACUCUCUACCCAGCAUGCCUCUGUGCUGUCGCGUCAUCAUUCUCCCACAACAUCUGUCCCUUCUCCACAGGCUCGGGGAUACCAGAGGUACGAACCAUGCUGGCUGGCAUUGAAAUGCCUCAUUACUUGUCUCUCACUAAUAUGUUUGCCAAGUUCCUGGGCCUUAUCUGUGUACUGGCAGCAGGCAGCACUGUUUCCCUGGGCAAAGUGGGUCCACUUGUGCAUCUUUCCACCAUGGUGGGAGCCUACCUUAGCAAACUCUGCACUCUCAUACAAGACAACAAGAAGGACAAAGGAGCUGGAGAAAUGUUGGUUGUAGCUGCUGCAGUCGGCGUAGCCAGCUGCUUUGGAGCUCCCAUCAGUGGUGUGUUGUUCAGCGUGGAGGUCAUGUGUUCUCACUUUGCCCUGAGGCAUUACGUCCCGUGUUUCUUCUCAGCUGCGUGUGGGGCGUUGACCUCCCGCCUCUUCACGGUGUGGAGUGGAGAUGGAGAGACUCUUCAGGCGCUGUUCAAAACUAAUUUCCCAACUGCUUUACCGUUCUACCCGCUGGAGAUUCUGCUGUUUGCUUUGUUAGGGCUGCUGUGUGGAGCUGUGAGCUGCUGCUACCUCUUCUGCCAUCGGUGGAUGCUGCAAUUUACCAAAACAAACACAGCCUUCGUCAAGAUGCUGACGACAGAGAAGGGUCUAUACUCAGGCCUGGUGGUCUUCCUCCUGGCAUCUGUGACGUUUCCCCACUCUGCCGGACAAUUCAUGGCAUCUAAGUAUACCAUGAAUCAGCUCCUCACCUCCUUACUGGACAGCAGGCCGUGGAGCUCUCAGCACCAGAAUACUUCUAUGCAGCUGCAGCCUGAGCCUUUGUUGGAGUGGAGCUCAUCAGGGAGUCCUGUCUACCUGUCUUUGGCUUUCUUUCUGCUCAUGAAGAUGUGGAUGUUGGUCCUCGCCUGCACUCUGCCUGUUCCAGCUGGAUACUUCAUGCCAGUCUUUGUCUAUGGGGCAGCUUUGGGCCGUUUGCAUGGAGAAGGAGUAGCAUAUGUGUUUUCCUUUGGAGGGACUUCAGACCAACAGCAGGUUUCCAUAAAUCCUGGGGGCUACGCACUGGCUGGUGCAGCAGCUCUUUCUGGGGCUGUGACACACACCUUGUCCCCAGCUCUCCUGGCAAUCGAGCUUACCGGCCAGUGUAGCCAUGCCGUGCCAGUUCUCCUUGCCACUCUCCUGGCCAAUGCCCUGGCUCGCUUGGGACAACGCCCAUCCUUCUACGACGCCCUCUCCAUCAGCAAGAGGCUCCCACACCUGCCCUCUCUGAAGAAAGCAUGCCCUCGGCUUCCCUCCACCACUCUUGGACAGUUUCUGGGAGUGAAAUCGGUGCAGCUUCAGAGAGCAGCUGGUUCAGCAGAGAUUCAACAUGCUGUCAAAACCAGCAGUGAAACUCAAAUCCCUGUGGUGGAGUCCCACGAGUCACAGAUUUUAUUGGGGUUUGUGCUUCGAUCAGAGCUGCUGAUUUUCCUGCGUCGCCCCAAGACUGAGACUCUGGAGAAACAUCUACAUGAGGUCUGUAGUAUUCAUCCAACCUCUGUCCUGUUAUCACCUCACAACACUGUUCAGGAGGCCCAAAGAAUACUGAGUGUCCUUGGAGACCAGACCUUGUUUGUCGCAGAGAGAGGACGUUUGGUUGGGUUACUAACAUGGACACAGAUGAAGAAGAUAUUGGAGGACUUGGCCAAAGAAAUCUGAGCUUUCACACAUAGGAACUGAGUGAAUCCUUGAUCUUUUGAAGCAUCCAUGAAUCGAUCCAAGCCCGUCUCUUCUAAUGACAUGAUGUCAUCAGUCUCCUGUUAUUACAACAUUUCCACAUAAAAUGUAAUACCUGAGCUUAUUGUCUUGGCUUUUAUUGAAAGUUGAAGCAUGGUGUCCAUUGAGGAGAUAGUAAACGUGCCUCAUCAGUGAACUGCACUUUGUGACACAACUAUAUCAAAAGUGUUUCUAUCCAGAAUGGGAUCCAGGGGAGAGGAAAACAAAAAGCCAAUAACUAAUCAAUGAACACAUCAAAACCCUGCUGAUUGGUUUUGAGUGGACAUCUCGCCCCAACACUUCCAUUCAUUAUGAUCAAAUAAAGAUAUUGAUCAUGCAACAUUUUAGACUUUACUCAUGUAAUAAUAUUAUAUUGAUGGGUUUUCUAACUACUGUUAUUCUCUGUCUUGUUUGUGACAUAAUCAUGCUCAUGUUUUGCUACAACUGUUCUCAUUUUUGGGGACUUAAGUUUCAGUUUCUGAGAAAGAGUUUGCCUCACACAAGCGUAUUA